AUGCUUAAUUUGUAUAAUUCUUCAUUUGAAAACAACCAUUAGUUCCAAUUCUAAUUAAAAAGAUAUCGUCCUUCCUAUACAAUUCAAUCUGAACCAAAAAAUUAACUAACUAGAUAACACACUAUUUAAGAUCUUUUAAAUUUGAAAUUGUCUGGAAAUAUAUAAUCUAGUUAACCUGUAAUAUAAAGAAACUUAUUAAUGAGACCAUCCUUAAAGUUAGCUAAGAUUACACCAUCUAUAACUGAAUCUACAGAUAAUUAUAGUUCUAUAAAAAAGAGAACUAUUUCUCUAGAAAACUCCAAGAAAGUUGACUUUCACCCUUCAGUCUUGGUUAUUUAUUCAGAGAAUGGAAUUAAGAAGAGAGAAAAGUUAAUUGAUGAAUGUAAAAUUAAAAGAACAGGUACCAGAAAAAACUGUAUAAUAUUAAUUAAAAAAAAAUGA